AUGACUGUGCUAUCGAAAUCAAUAGCUGGUAGUUCCCGCGCCACUGUUCCCAGUACCGUGUCGGUACUGCCGCCUGCGUCUCCAACGUCGUCUGAGAGCAGCGUGGCUGAUGCGGAACCUCAAGCUCCUGGUUCGUCUGGCCGAAGAGUCCACUACUAUGCCGAGGAAAUAAGGUGCCAUUGGAACAUGUAUAAAAUCAUAACCCGGCUCAACACCCCAGCUCAGUGCAUUGCAUUUGCUGAAGAGCAUAGGCUCAUAUCAUAG